CUUCUCUGCACACAAAGCAUAACCAAGGCAGUAGAGACAAUACAUAUGGGUAGGUUCAUUUGCUGUCUACUGUGCACCUCAUUUCCUGUUUAAAAAGAGAAUCAUGCAAGGUAAACUUCAAAACUGGAAUCUACCAUGAGAGCUUGAAGAAAAGCUUUUGUGUAAUAAAGAAGAAAAACUUACAUUGCACAGGGGCGGAAAACAAUCUGAAAAGAUAUUAUGUCUGGAGAUUGCCAGCCAUUCAUAGUGCCACUAGUAAUCAUGUGCAUGGCGUUUGUCAUUUCGCUGACUAUUAACAUUGUAUACUUUGUGGUCAAAGAUAAGAAAGCUAAGAACGUUUUCUAUUACAGUGAAGGUGCCAUAGGGUAUGAACCACAGUAUAUCGAAUCCAACCCUAUUUAUGGCAACUUGAACCAACCAAUGCUCGAACAUAUAGAUGACAGUUGCUAUGAGCAGAUGACUGCUCCCCACUCAAGUAACAGAGAAGGAGUUCAGCUAAUACAGGCAGAACCAGAGGAGCAAAUGUGCUAUGCAGCACUGGACCUCAGCCCUAAAAAGCCAAGGAAAAAAAAGAAAGCGAAUCAGACAGAUCUUCAAGGUUGCAUGGAUGACGAAACACCAAUGGAGAAUGGAAAUAUUUUAUCUGAAUCCAGCAUAUACCUUAACAGUGAGCAACUAACAGCUGAAAGCAAUGCUGAGAAGGAUCUAAUUCAUGAUGACCCAAAGAGACUUUAUCACAUAAUCCAGAAAUCCAGAAACAACAUGCCCUCUGAGGGAACAUGAAUGGUCCAAGAACAUCUGGAAUACCUGAAAAGAACUUUAGUGUGAUAUUUUGUGCUUCAAACUACAGUAUAUUUAUAGAGUUGACAUAUUUGGCAAUUAUUUGAUUAUUUUUUUUGUUAACAGUGGUUUACACAUACCCCCAUAUGUAAUAUAAGGCACUAAGUUUGCCGAGGAGCAGUAACUUGUAGUAACCAAUCAGUAGGUAGAAUUUACUGGUCACCUGUUUAAAAGCAAAUGUUAUAUUAGCUAUGGGCUACUGCUCCUAAGCAAACUUAGUGCAUUUUAUUACACAUGGGGAUUUGUGUAUUAAAGAGUAGAAAUGUAUAUUUGUUAACUAUUUCAAAAUUCCAUAUGCUAAAAGAGUGUAUAUGUAUAUAUAUAUAUAUAUAUAUAUAUAUAUAUAUAUAUAUAUAUAUAAAAAUGUCUGCAGACUGUAUAUAUUAGGAAUUCACAUUAGGCAGCAAGGUGUCGGUUAUCACUCAAUAAGGUGGUAUGCUUCUUGACUGCAAUGUGAAAUGUCAGGAACAGAACGCAGCACACUUUGUUGUUGUAGUUAUGUGUACACCGUUAUAUUAAAACAAGCAAUAACAGAUCAACCAGGGGAAUUCAGAAGGAUUUCCAUCAGUUCAAUCUGGUUUUAGAUUAAAAGAGCAAAAAAGGUGAAAUCAUUAAAGGGUGCCCAGUUGUUAGGCACCCCUCAGUGAUUCUAGUCACUUCCCUGCUGCCCCUGCUUUAUGCAGUUGAACGCAUACAAUUUCUGUGGGGUAUUAGUGCACUGUGCAGCUCUGCAGCAGCACUGUGCACUAAUACCCAUCCAAAUCCAUAUUCUUCUCUGCAUAUGGGUGUUUAAAUCCAAAACCCUUAGUAAUAUUUUACAGAGUGAGUACUAUCAUUACGCAGGGCUGAAACUAGGGGUAGACAGGUGAGGUGGCCUGCCUCUGUCAUUACUGCUUGAUAAAAUUUACAGAAGGAUGAUAAAUCCAUCCCUAAGUUUCAGUAAAUACAAGAGUGCCAAUUUCUAAUGUCAAAAAAAUUGUUCUGCAUCAUGCACAAAAUAAUCAUUAACAUCAUUUGUAUUUAUAUAGUAACAGGCAAAAGUUUAAUGACACAACACAGGAACAUAUACAUAGAAUACAUAGGGAGAAAAAAAAAA